AUGUUCAACCACAGCGUUGUGUAUAACCGUUCGGACGACGAUUCGGCCGAUGGCAACUUACCAGAAUUGUUUGAUGAUCAUUUCACUUCUCAGUUUUACAAACGUAAGUCGUUUUCAUUAGUUUUUGUGACAGUUUUAGGCUUUGGGAUCGAGCUUUUGUUAAUAUAGAAGUGUUUGUAAAUGUGAGAUGAAGUAAAAUUAUUUUCUAUAAGUUUUAUAUUAUGUUAGGGUUGUUUAUUAAUUGCUUUUCGCAUAAAAUAACCUGCUUCACCCAAUAAAACUUGUGUCAUUUCGCAGGAAAAGCCGAUACUACACUUCGUUUUCGACGUAAAAAGUGAAAGUAAAACGAUUUUAGAAGCUCUAUUUUCUUUUGUUUGAAGAAUAAAACAUGGCGCGGGAAGUUUAAGAAAAAAUGGUAUAUUAUAUUUUGUUUUUAUUCUAUUUUUCUUUGAGAAAGUUUUAUUAUUCUAAGAACUAGCGCUUUAUUACGGAAGAUCGCAGUUUAUGUUGCUUAAAACAGUUAGAACUUGUUUUGAAGCCUCAGUAUUGCCUAAUUUUUAUCUUUUCAGUGAUGAUUACCAAAGAAAAAAACCUAAUGAAAGGAUGUCGAGCAAUUGUGAAGGAAACAACCGACUUGGAGGUCGAUUCAGAUGCUACUGAUCUCAUUGCUCAGUUUGCUGUAAUUUUGCUUUUUUUACAGAGUUUAUUUCUUAAAUUCACCUGUUUUGGUAUUAAAAGCGUUUAAAAGCUUGAAGUUUGCUUAGUUUUGACUGUAUUUAAAAGGUUUUUCCCAUCUAAUAGACCUAAGAUGUUUAAGAACUUUUGUUGUACAGUCUUGAAUGACUUUACUGAUGUUUUGUAAAAGAUUUUACGGUCCUAUUUCUAGGAAUGUGCUUUAAAAGUGAUGGUAAGAGAAUGCUGCAUCGAUUCGGGAAAAAAGAACGAAAAAUUCAUCACAUAUGACACAAUUGCUGAUGUUGUUCACAGUCGACAGUGUUUCGAGCCUUUGACCAUGCAGUUUCCGAAGAAGAUCCCUAUUGAGGAAGUUAAGGUAUUCCGACAAGCCGCUCAUAGCGCCAAUUGGACCAAGUUCAAGGGAAAAAAGAAGCCCAAACUGAACAAAGUGGUAAAGGAAGAAUAA